AUGCUCCACCGCAUCCCUCACUCCAUCCGCCUCCUCCGCCCCUCGCGCCCCUUCUCCUCCUCCUCCAUCCCCCGUGUCCCGCUCUUUAUCGAUGGCAAAUUCGUCCAGUCGACAACCGACAAGUGGAUCGACCUCCUCAAUCCCGCCACGAACGAAGUGCUGUGUCAAGUCCCAGAAGCGACCCAGGACGAGAUGUACGAGGCGACUCAAGCAGCUGCUCGUGCUUACAAGACGUGGAAAGAAGUGGGAGUCCAGCACCGUCAACGGGUCAUGCUCAAGCUGCAGCACUUGAUUCGGGCCCAUACGGACGAACUGGCCCUUGCUAUUACGCAGGAACAAGGCAAGACGCUCGCUGAUGCGCGUGGAGACGUGUUUCGAGGCUUGGAAGUCGUAGAACACACGUGUGGAGCCGCGACACUCAUGAUGGGCGAGACGGCCGAGAAUUUAGCUACGUCGCUCGACACGUACUCGUACAAACAGCCACUCGGUGUCUGUGCAGGCAUCUGUCCCUUUAACUUUCCAGCGAUGAUCCCGUUGUGGAUGUUCCCAACGGGUACCGUGACUGGCAACACGUACGUGCUCAAGCCAUCGGAGAAAGAUCCUGGAGCGACGAUGAUUCUCGCUCGUCUGGCUCAAGAAGCGGGACUUCCAGACGGCGUGCUGAAUGUUAUCCACGGAGCUCAUGACACGGUCAAGUUCAUUUGUGACGCACCGGAGAUCAAGGCCAUUUCCUUCGUGGGUGGCAACCAAGCAGGCGAGUUCAUUCACUCGCGUGGCUGUGCCAAUGGCAAACGUGUGCAAGCCAAUUUAGGCGCCAAGAACCAUGCUGUCAUCAUGCCUGAUUGUGACAAGGAACAGGCCAUUGGCGCUCUUGCUGGUGCUGCUUUCGGAGCUGCUGGUCAGCGGUGCAUGGCAUUGUCGGUUGUGGUCUUUGUCGGCAAGUCGAAGGAGUGGGUCCACGAUAUCGUGGAGAAGGCCAAGGAGAUGAAAGUCAAUGGCGGCAUGGAACCCGACACGGAUGUGGGUCCUCUCAUCACAGUAGCAGCGAAAGAGCGUGCAGAGCGUCUCAUUCAAGAAGGUGUGGACAAUGGCGCCGACCUGCUUCUUGAUGGACGCAACGUCAAGGUCCCCAAGUACCCCAAUGGAAACUUUGUUGGUCCUACCGUGCUCAACAACGUCCGUGCUGACAAUCCGGCGUACGUGGAGGAGAUCUUUGCUCCUGUCCUGGUUUGCACGUCGGUCGAGACGCUGGAAGAAGCGAUUGAGAUCAUCAACCGCAACCCGUACGGCAACGGCACCUCGAUCUUCACGUCAUCUGGUGCAGCUGCUCGCAAGUUCCAGCACGAAGUCGACGUCGGUCAAGUCGGCAUCAACGUGCCCAUCCCCGUUCCUCUGCCCAUGUUCUCCUUCACGGGCUCCCGCGCCUCAAUUCGCGGCGACUUGAACUUCUACGGCAAAGCUGGCAUCAACUUCUACACGCAGAUCAAGACGGUGACGUCGCUGUGGGACUACAACGAGAAGACUCGCUACAGCGCUGUCAUGCCGACACUCGGUCAGAAAUAG